AUGAAGUCCAUGAAGAACAGCCUCAACGUGGGCAAAGUCAUUGGCAGCUUCAGAAAGCGCGCCGGGGGUCACAGCAGCAGCCACGAUGCCGCAGACGAGUCGUCACCAGGUGCGGGGGCAGCCGGCUCACCAUUCUCCGCCGGGGCAGCCGCCGCCGCGUCUGGCAGUCCCGAGACCAACGCGAGAGCGGCUGUUCAAGCCUUUUGCGAAAUGGGCGGCAGCAAGUCCCAGAUGAAAGGCGACGAGAUCCUCCACCUCCCACCCAUUGUCGACGCCGCCGAGUCAUCCCCCGCCGCCGCUGCCGAGUGCGCCCGCGUGAUCCGCCGCUUCCUCGGCAAGGAGUACAACGGCAAGCCGGCGUGGCAGUACAAUGCCCUCAUGCUCGUGCGCAUCCUCGUCGACAACCCCGGACCGUCCUUCACGCGCAACCUCGGCGAGCCCGAGUUUGUCGAGACCACACGCAAGCUGCUCAAGCACGUGCGCGACACGCGCCUGCGGCACAUGCUCAUGGAGAUGCUGGACGACUUUGAGCACACCAAGCAGUACGACGAGAACCUGCAGCCGCUCGUUCAGAUGUGGAAGGCGCAGAAGGAGGAUGCCUUUAAGAAGAACGGCGGGCCGCCGCCGCAGAUGAUGCAACAGCAGCGGCAGCAGGCGUACCAGCAGCAGCAGUACUACCAGCACCCGCAGCAGUGGCAGCCGCAGCCAGCCCAGUAUCGCCAGUCGCAGAACUACGCCGCGCGUGCGCAGCAAUCAUCGAAGCGCCUCCCCGAUCCCAUUGAGCUCUCCAGCCGUCUCGAGGAGGCCCGCACAUCCGCCAAGCUCCUGGAGCAGGUCGUCAUGAACACGUCACCCAGCGACAUGCUUCACAACGAUCUCAUCAAGGAGUUUGCCGACCGCUGCCAGAGCGCCUCGCGUAGUAUCCAGGGCUACAUGCAGUCGGACAACCCCGCCCCCGACAACGACACGAUGGAGAGCCUCAUCGACACCAACGAGCAGCUCCAAACGGCGCUCAACCAGCACCAGCGCGCCGUCCUCAACGCGCGGAAACAGAUGGGCGUAGCCUCCCCGCCCCAGGUCGCGACGCCCGACGCCCACGGUGAUGAUAGAAUCGUGGCCUGGCAGCGAUCGCAGGCUGAGCUACACGAGUCUGGUGAGCACCCCGAGGACCCCCACAUUGUCAACGGCAAGGGCAAGGCGACUGCGGGGCCCCUCGGGGAUGCCGCUGAUGCGCAGGAUCCCUUCCGGGAUCCAGAGGAGCACCAGCGCCAUCACUUCGAGUCGUACCACCCCGGUGGGUUCGGACAGCCUGACGGUCCAUCGUCAGCCGUGGCAGGUGCUGGCGGUGCCAGCUCUACGCGAAGGAGAGAGAUCGAUGGCGAGUCGGAGGAUGCUGACCUGUACGGCGCGCCGCCUGCCGCUGCCAAGGAGAAGGACAAGGCGACUGAGCCGAUGCGCCUGUCGUAG